AGAUCACCACUAAUGCGCGAUCACCGGCGGCCUGCGCGUGCGUCGCCACGCGCGGUUUAUUUAUAACGAACACUUCCGAUCGACCAAACGAAUACAUUUUUAAAUCAUUAAAAAUAGAAAUUUCAAUUUGUGUAUUCAUUAAAUAUUAAUGUAUUUGAAAUAUUUAUGCAAGUGACCAAAAAUAAUUGUUGUGACAAAAACAUCCGUGUGUGUGUCUGUGUGUGUGUUGUUAGUGACGAAUUCAAAGAGAAUUCCAUAAAUGUGAUUUUUAAACAUAUUUCAGUACUGAGUGAUGUGUAUUUUUGUGUGAAAUUUCUCUGAAACUCGUAUGACUGGGUCCGUACGGAGGGUUCCAUUUGUUUUUAACUCCUCAGUCAGUGCUGGUCGGUACCGGCUGUGUGCCAUGUGUUAUUAGUGAAAACGUGAAUUUUAUUUUAGAAAGUUCCAUUCCAGAUAUUUCUUUUGGAAAUUCUACAGGGGACCAACACACAUCAAGAAACAUCCAGAAUCAUCCAUACCCGGCGACAUUAACCGCGCAACAGUUUUCAUACGUUACAUACAAAAAUUUCAUACAAAAUUCAGUGAUGAGUGCUUAGUUGUUGUGUGGUAAAAAACAUCGCAUGGAAUUGCAGUGCGUGGGUUCGAGUCUCCGGUUGAGCAAACAGAAGAAUAGGUCAAGAUGAGCGUGGCAGAGGGCGGGGGGCCGGAGGCGCCGGCCCUCACUGCGCCGGCGACCACCCCCACCACGCCGCCCCCCACUGCCAUCGGCGCCGAUGCCACAGGACAACUCAUACAGGUCCCAGUCGCCCCCCGCAAGCCUCCCCGAAGAGGUCCGAAGGUCCAACAGGAGAGGCCGAAGAGGGCGCUGUUCUGUCUGACCUUGAAGAACCCUGUGAGGAAGACCUUCAUCGACAUCGUGGAGUGGAAACCAUUCGAGUACAUGAUUCUCACCACCAUCUUCGCCAACUGCAUCGCCCUCGCUGUCUACACACCAUACCCGGCCAGCGAUUCAAAUUACACCAAUUGGGUUCUUGAAAAGAUCGAAUACGUGUUCUUAGUAAUAUUCACGGGAGAGUGCGUCAUGAAGAUCAUUGCUUACGGGUUUAUCAUGCAUCCUGGCUCAUAUCUCAGAAACGGCUGGAACUUGUUGGAUUUCACGAUUGUUGUCAUCGGAAUGGUCAGCACAGUAUUAUCAAGUAUAUUCAAGGACGCUUUCGAUGUGAAGGCUCUGAGGGCGUUCAGAGUGCUCCGGCCGCUUCGUCUCGUCUCCGGCGUGCCAAGUCUCCAGAUCGUGUUAAACUCCAUCCUGAAGGCCAUGGUGCCGCUCCUCCACAUCGCGCUACUGGUCAUCUUCGUCAUCAUCAUCUACGCCAUCAUCGGCUUGGAGCUGUUCUCCGGCAAGAUGCACAAGAGCUGCUACAACAAGUACACAGAUGAGAUUAUGGACACUCCACAUCCGUGCGACGUCGACAAUGGCUUCAACUGCUCCCAGAUCGGCGAAGAGAUGGAGUGUCGCGAAGGAUGGAUAGGCCCUAACUUCGGCAUCACCAACUUUGACAACUUCGGCCUUUCCAUGCUCACUGUCUUCCAAUGCAUCACUCUUGAAGGCUGGACUGAUGUCAUGUAUAAUAUACAAGAUGCGAUGGGCAACAGUUGGGAGUGGAUCUACUUCGUAUCGAUGGUCAUUUUGGGCGCAUUCUUCGUCAUGAACCUCAUUCUCGGUGUGUUGUCUGGAGAGUUCUCCAAAGAAAGAGAAAAAGCGAAGAACAGAGGAGACUUCCAGAAGCUUCGAGAAAAACAGCAGCUGGAGGAAGACCUGAAGGGCUACCUCGACUGGAUCACGCAGGCAGAGUACCUGGAACCGCUGGCUGAUCAGCAUGAACACCAUCCACCUGUAGAUCAGACUAGAGACUAUGGGAUAGAAUACAUCUCAGGCCAGACGCAGAAUGAGCACGACUCGACAGACCAUCUGGGGAUAGAGACGAAUGAACAACAGAAAGUUUCCUUUUGCAAAGCGUGGAAGAAAGACUUUGACAAAGUGAACCGUCGAAUGAAGCGCGCGUGCAGGAAAGCAGUGAAGUCCCAAACUUUCUACUGGCUGAUCAUAGUGCUGGUGUUCCUGAACACAGUGGUACUGGCCAGCGAGCACUAUCAGCAGCCAGAGUGGUUGGAUCUCUUCCAGGAGUACGGCAACGCGUUCUUCGUGGCGCUGUUCACGCUAGAAAUGUUGGUCAAGAUGUACAGUUUAGGUUUACAAUUGCCCCCUAACAUGUUCCAGGGUUAUUUCGUCUCUCUGUUCAACCGCUUCGACUGCUUCGUUGUCAUCGGCUCCAUCAGUGAGAUGGUGCUCACUAAGACUGAAGUCAUGCCUCCUCUGGGCAUCUCCGUGUUACGCUGCGUCAGGCUGCUCAGGGUUUUCAAAGUUACCAAAUAUUGGCGCUCACUCUCCAACUUAGUAGCGUCACUCCUGAACUCCAUUCAGUCGAUCGCAUCCCUUCUGCUACUGCUGUUCCUGUUCAUCAUGAUCUUCGCACUGCUGGGGAUGCAAGUCUUCGGAGGGAAGUUCAAUUACGACCCAGUGGAGGAGAAGGAUCGACAUAACUUUGAUUGCUUUUGGCAGGCUCUGCUGACGGUGUUUCAGAUAUUAACAGGUGAAGAUUGGAACGCUGUAAUGUAUGAAGGUAUCAAAGCAUACGGUGGUGUGGGCACGCUCGGGAUCCUCGCCUGUAUUUACUUCAUCAUUUUGUUCAUCUGUGGUAACUACAUCCUCCUAAAUGUGUUCUUGGCCAUCGCUGUAGAUAACUUAGCUGAUGCAGAAUCAUUGACCAACAUAGAAAAGGAUGAAGCACAGGCACCAGAAGAGAAGGAAGGAGGGAGUGUGGUAGCGGCUGAAGGAGUUCAUAUAGAUACUGAUGACGAGUACAUUCAUGAUGACGACGUCUAUACUUCGGAUAACUCUGAAAGAGAAUACGAAGAGACAGGGUCGGAAGGAGAGCAGCAAGAUGAGAUGGAAGGAGAAAUAGAAGAGAUCAUUGAUGAAGAAAAUGAAGGCAAUGAAAGGACAGAAGAGGAACAGGAACGCGAAGACCAGGAGAUGAUGGAAGGGCAUCAAAGAAAUCAUAUAGUGAACACAGAGUUGGAAGAAGAGCCUCGACUGAAACGUAAGCCCACGACUUCAUCGGCGCGGCCGCGUCGCCUCUCCGAGGUCGAUAUAUGCGACACUAAGAAACCCAUACCCGAUGCCACCUCCUUCUUCAUAUUUACUAAGACCAACAGGUUCCGGGUGUUUUGCUACAAGAUGUCAUCAUCGUCCACCUUCGGGAACAUCAUUCUGGUCUGCAUCAUGCUGUCUUCCGCCAUGUUGGCAGCUGAAGAUCCUUUGGAUGCUGCACAAAAAGGAUUUCGAAAUUGGUUGCUAAGUCAAUUCGACGUGUUCUUCACUGGUAUCUUCACGCUGGAGCUGUUCCUGAAGCUGGUCACGUACGGGCUGCUCCUCCACGAGGGUGCCUUCCUGCGGUCCGCCUUCAACGUGCUUGACAUGCUCGUCGUCUGCGUCUCGCUUGUCUCUAUGAGCUUUAAGUCGGGUAGUAUAUCGGUGGUGAAAAUAUUGCGAGUGUUUAGGGUGCUGAGGCCCUUAAGGGCCAUUAACAGGGCCAAGGGCCUUAAGUAUGUGGUCAAAUGUGUGAUAGUAGCCAUUAAGACUAUAGGAAAUAUUAUGCUAGUUACGUAUUUAUUACAAUUUAUGUUCGCUGUGGUCGGUGUACAGUUGUUUAAGGGCAAAUUUUUUAGAUGUAAUGAUAUUUCAAAAAUGACAAAGGAUGAAUGUCAAGGAACGUAUUUAGUGUUUGAGAAUCGCAACUAUUUGGUGCGGGACAGGGAGUGGACGCGGUAUGACUUCCAUUUUGAUAAUGUCAUGAAAGGGAUGCUCACGCUCUUCACUGUGUCUACUUUUGAAGGAUGGCCAGGGUUGUUGUACGUCUCUAUAGAUUCGAAUGCUGAAGACCGAGGUCCCAUAACCAACUUCCGUCCAAUCGUUGCAGCCUACUAUAUUAUUUACAUUAUUAUUAUUGCCUUCUUUAUGGUAAAUAUAUUCGUCGGUUUCGUCAUAGUGACGUUCCAAAACGAGGGUGAGCAGGAAUACAAGAACUGUGAGUUAGAUAAAAACCAGAGAAACUGCAUAGAGUUCGCGCUAAAAGCUAAACCAAUAAGAAGAUACAUCCCAAAGCACAGAAUACAGUACAAAGUGUGGUGGUUCGUGACGUCACAGCCGUUCGAGUACGCCAUCUUCGUGCUGAUCAUGAUCAACACCAUCACCCUCGCCAUGAAGUACCACAACCAGCCCCACGAGUACAGCAAGGCGCUCGACUUGUUGAAUAUGCUGUUCACCGCCGUCUUCGCCUUGGAGUUCAUUUUCAAACUUGCUGCCUUUAGAUUUAAGAACUACUUCGGUGACGCCUGGAACACGUUCGACUUCAUCAUCGUGCUGGGCAGCAUCAUUGACAUCGUUGUCUCCCAAGUAAACGAACUCAAGAACCAGGGAAGUGGCAUAACAAGGACACACGUUGUCAAGGAAAGUUCAAUACCCUCGAUAAACUUCUUCCGUCUCUUCCGUGUGAUGAGGCUGGUGAAGCUUCUCUCCAGGGGUGAGGGUAUCAGGACUCUUCUGUGGACCUUCAUCAAGUCCUUCCAAGCGCUGCCUUACGUCGCCCUGCUCAUUCUCAUGCUGUUCUUCAUCUAUGCUGUCGUUGGGAUGCAGGUAUUCGGAAAAAUAGCGAUAGACGAUGAUUCACCGAUCACAAGGAACAACCACUUCCAGACAUUCCCGCAAGCACUUCUUGUGUUGUUUCGUUCUGCAACUGGUGAGGCUUGGCAAGACAUCAUGAUGGGCGUCUCCCCGGAGCCAGAAGUGAAGUGCGACAAGAACUACCACGAGGAAGGAGACGUGGAGAUCGAGGACAGCGGGGGGACGUGCGGCAGUGUGCUCGCGUUCCCAUACUUUAUUAGUUUUUAUGUUCUUUGUUCGUUUUUGAUCAUCAAUUUAUUUGUGGCUGUCAUUAUGGAUAAUUUCGACUAUUUAACCAGAGACUGGUCAAUAUUGGGACCACACCACUUAGAUGAAUUUAUAAGGUUAUGGAGUGAAUAUGACCCUGACGCCAAGGGUAGAAUAAAACAUUUAGAUGUAGUUACAUUGUUAAGAAAAAUUAGUCCACCUUUAGGUUUCGGCAAGCUAUGUCCGCACCGCGUGGCCUGCAAGCGGCUCGUGUCCAUGAACAUGCCUCUCAACUCCGACGGCACGGUGCUGUUCAACGCCACGCUGUUCGCCGUCGUUAGGACGUCGCUUAAAAUCAAAACUGAAGGCAAUAUAGACGAUUGCAACACAGAACUCAGGGCUGUCAUCAAAAAGAUUUGGAAGAGAACAUCUCCAAAAUUACUAGACCAAGUAGUUCCACCGCCGGGCGACCCUAAUGAGAUCACUGUUGGCAAGUUCUAUGCAACCUUCCUCAUACAAGAUUACUUCAGGAGGUUCAAAAAGAGAAAGGAGCAGGAAAUGCGGCAGAGUGAUGAGCAGACGCACCACCAGAUGACUCUGCAGGCGGGUUUGAGGACCUUGCACGAGGCAGGCCCGGAGCUGAAGAGAGCCAUCUCAGGGAACCUGGAUGAUAUUUCUGCGGAAUGCGAUGUGCCUAUGCAUAGGAGAAACCACUCCUUAUUCGGAGGUGUCUGGUCAAGUAUACGAAGACAUGGACCAAACAGACACUUCCAUAGACACCGGAAACAUGGCGAGCCUCCCACAGAUGAACAAACAAUUUAUACUCAUUCGUCGUCUGCCGAACAACUGCUAACAGGACAUGAUGGAGGAGGUGGCGGCGCCGCUGGUGUCGGUAACCAUUUGAGUUCAAUGAUGCAGAGAGAGUAUGGAGUUGGACCACUGCCUCUAACACCCAAUUUAGCAAAUGGACAGCCAAAGGAACAAAUACCACUAAGGCCGUUGAUAUUCAACGGAGAGUCGGAGAAAAUUUACCAAGUGCUAGACAACCAAAAGUCCAACUACCCGGAGAUGCUCGGCCAGAUCGGGCUGGCCUUCGGCUGCGUCAACUAUCUGUCGACGCCGAGCGAGGGCCUGACCGCGUCGAAACCGACCGCCACGGUUUCAAGGCAAAAAGUUCACCCCGAAGACUCGACGUCUUCACGGGAGAAACUGUCGAUACCGAGGAUGGCGUCGAUGGAGGACAAGACGCCAUCUCCGAACGCGUUCGAGCAAAUACAGCCGAAGAUAUCGCCGCUGCUGGCGAGCGAGUGCACGCCGACGACCGAGUCGCGCACGAUGACGUUGUACGGGUACAAUGCGGCCGCCAAGCUGCCGUUCGCGUUCUCGCACGCCAAGGAGCGCGUGAGCCGGGGCGGCGAGCGGCGCAGCCUGCGCGCCAUCAAGCCGGCGCUGUGCGGAGCAGGUCGGAUGGUGCGCAGCGCCUCGUCGGGGGCGGCCUCGCAUGCGCCGCCCGCUCGGCUUGUAGAUCGCCCGCACUCGCCAGGAGGAGAUAGCUUUGGGCGUGGGGUGGUGUCGCUCCCCGGCAGCCCGAGAGGAAACAACUCUUCGGCACCUGUCGUGGUGGGGUCCGCAGAGAGCCUGGUUACCAGAGUUCUAACCGAGCAAGGUCUAGGUGAAUACUGUGACCCAGAGUUCGUGCGGAAUACUUCUCGUGAGAUGCAGGAGGCACUAGAAAUGACACAGGAGCAGAUGGACAGAGCUGCGCAUCAGCUGAUGAUCAACGAGAAGAACAUAAAACAAGCUCAAAGCCAACAGCCCCAAGUUGGUAACAUUUGGGUUAUAGGGCGACAUCCUUGCCCGUCAGUACCACCCGUUCCACCAGCCGGCGACGAUGCCGCCGCCGGUGUUCAAGCGGUUAUAGCACCCGCCCCCAGCCAGCGUGCGCCCGCGCAGCCCGCCACCGGCCCGUGCGGCGCGCGCGACCACACGCGACAAACACACCAUAGGAAGAAAAGAAAACGCAAACCAGUCCUGGUUUAGCGACAUUUUAUUGUAUAAAUAUUGUUUCCGUUACAUAGUUUAAUGAUUUCAUUAUAGCGACCAAUAGUUCAGUCGUUGCAACUGAGUUGUUUGACGCGUCAAAAUAUCUAUGCUCAAAUUCUUUGUUUGUUUCUCAAAUUGUCUAACAGGUGGAACAAAGUUACAGUACGUGAUGUACUUUUUUAAAUUCUAUUACUGUGGUAUCACAGUUACAGUGAGAUUGUAGUUGUUUAGGUAUAGCGUAAUUUCAGGGCCAGAGAACUUAUUUGUACCCACUCCAAAGUGUUGGGUAUCUACUUUGUCGAUAUUUCAAAAAUGGCCCUUUUAAAUUCUUAAAUUAGAAAAUGUAAAAUUUUGACUUUGAGAGAGAAAACACUCUCCUUAUCUAAAAUAGAUAGAAAACGUAAUUUACAUUUAUAUAUAAUUUUAUCCUUUUUAGGUAUUCGAAUUGAUUACUUUGCAUUGCAAAUUGUAUUGUGCAAGUUUUGAUAAAUAGUGAAUUUAAAACGUUGUAACUUUAACAAAAUUGAUUUAAUGUUGUGGAUUUUAUAAAACUUGCAUGACACAAGGGCUUUUAACUUUGAAAAGUAAAGAAUAAACCUAUAUUUGAUAACGCGGACGAUUCUUCCUCUAGUUUAAAAUAUUUGUUAAAGUAACGAAGCUUUCGAAACUCUUGAACGCUAGAGCUUUUGUGGUGAAUUAUGAAAUUUGGUGUGAUUUAAUUCAAUGAGAUCGCUUUAAUUGUUACGAUUCAGUAUUAAGUGAGGAGCUAAUUACUUGUUUAGCGAUAUUCGAUUAACCUAAAUUGUGUAGACGUUACGUUGUUUGGUUUCCUAUGUUCUAGCACCAGAUCCAAGACAAUACCGUUUUUGAAGACUUUGAUGUACUGAUUGUAUAACUAGCCCUCGAUGUAGGGGAUCCAAUUUUCAGUAGUUUACCCAAAAGUUGAAUUUAUAAAAAUUAAUGGCCCCGGUAACAUUUAGUGACAGGGACGUGUACAGGUGAGAUACAGUGAUUUUUAUAAGUUCAGCUAUAUUGAAUAGCUAUGACCACUUUUAGAUUAGUCACUAAUCAGUAUGUAGCGUAAACUAUAGGCUCGGUCGAUGCCUAGGAUAAAAACUAAAGAUGACAGUCUGAUUUUCAUCUUUUCAGUAACUUUACAAUGUAAAAGUAAGCACUCUUUUGAAGUUUUAAUAGAUUUUAUAGGUGGAUCGAUUUAUAUACGAUAUUUCCACCCAUGUCCUUCUCGGGUUGUUAGUGGUAUUUAUUUUUUACCUCCUAAACUCCGACGUAUGAGCUUAGUAUGGGAACAUAGUUUGUCCUUCGCUGCAUUAGUUGAACAAGAUGGAGUCUAAUCGUUCGGGCAAUAAUCUUCAUAGCGGACAUCUUUGCUUUAUCUAAAGCUGCGUGUACUUGUGAUAAUGUCGCGGAGUGUUUAUUUAGUGUAAUUUCAUCCAAUUUUGUCACGGUUCUACUGACUUUAUUGUGAUUUUUCUUCAACAUCGUCCUCAAAUCAAAUCAAAUUAUCUUAAGUAGUUCAUGAAGAUUUUGCCUAGUGGCUUUUAGUCAAUUUUUGCCAAUAACUUCCAAUUAAAAAUUUAUUAUAAAGUCAACAUUAUAAAGUCGAUAGAACUGAACCCCCUUUUAAUUUCAUAAAAGACAGUUAAAAACAAUCGUGUAUUUGCGAAGAGGCAUUUACUAAAAUCGAUUGUCUCGACUUAUUGAUUAGUUAGACAGCGGAGUUAGGUAAACAUUGUCUGUUUAGUUUAUUAUUCUAGUUAAAUUUAACUGAAUUUGCAACAUCUUGAACUAAAUAAUUGUUAAUUUAUAACAAGAUUGCAAACUACAUCUUACGUUAUUUCAUUUUGUUUAAAUAAAAAGACGGUUAGGUAUUUUAAAAGAAACUCAAAUUGUGAUGUGACAUAAGAACAAGGUGUUGCAAGUUAAAAAAAAUCUUAGCUCUAUAAGAUAUUCCCUAGUAAGUGCCCUUUUAAACUCUAUGAAGCGACGUAGUGUAGAUAUUACUCGUAUCGUCAGCCACUCCAUGUACCGUCACACUCCACAUUCCUCUAGAAUUAAGGUCAAUCUUAACAACUUUGUAUUCUGUUAACCUCUUCACAGAAGAAUUUUUAAUUUCUGAAAGCGCGUGUUUGACAAUUAAAUUAACACUAAGAUUUACUUCAAUAACAAUUUCCAUUAGGCCCAAUAUUUAAGUAAUAAUCACCAUCUUCUUUCAUUUGACAAAACAAUCUUUACUGUACCUAUGUUUCUUAAAAACUAUAGGUACCCUACACAAAUGUUUAGUUUGUCGUCACGCACACGCUUUCAAUAUUGUAUCCUAUCUACUUCUCGUUUAGACUACAACAGCAAAGAUUAGGUGGAGAGGCAACGCACAAUGUAAGACAAUGAUGUUCGUGAAAUUCUAAAUGUAUAUUUAAUAUGUAUGUAGUUCAACUUCCUUAUCUAAAUAGAAUACUUUCUGAACCACCAAUUUAUGAUGAACUGCAUUAUUGGUAGUUUUUUGCUCUGCAAACAUUAAGACGUUAUAAACAAAAUGGUCUUAUUUCACGCGCUAAGGUAGAAAUAUCUGUCUGUAUUUAAAUAUGUUUAUUUUUAAGAAAAAACUCUUCUUAUCUUUGUUGUUAAAGUAGCCUAAUCUAUGCUUCCCCUACUUUCAGGUGCCAACUUAUUAGAAUGAAUUUAAGUCUUACUGUUAUCUAACUUUUGAAGCUGCCUUUAUAUUUUCUGCCAUUUUAUAUAAAAUGGUAUAGGUGCCUAUUCCUUUGGUAUUCCUAUCCUAUUGUCUUUUCUGUUGUCUCUAUAGUCUUUAUAAGAGUUUAUUGAAGAAAUUUUAAAGAUUUUUAUUAAAAAUAACGUAGAGCUCCAUGAAACGUAAUAUGUAUUGAGAUGCUGCUGUUAUUUUAGCAGUAGCUAACAUUUGAAUGAGUGCAGAUAUGCGAGUAUUUCAGAAAGUUGUAAGUUCCUCAAAAUGAGGAACAUCUAAAGUGUUAAAUUAUUCAUUCGUUAGUGAUUUCAUCUGUAAAUAAUGUACAAAAUUAAACAAAUCUGUACUCUGAAAAAUAUGAUUUUAAGUAACGUUUUUAUAUUCCUAGCGUAAAAACCGCUAGCAGUAAAGAAUCUCGAUUGUAAAUAGUUCUGUAAAUAAAUAAAGUGUAAAAGUUAUAUAUUCCGUCAACCAUAUUAAAAUUGAUACAUUAUUAAUUAUCUAUAUUUAUUGUUUAAAAAUGAACAUUGUAAAAUUGUUUUCAUAUAAAUAAAAAAUGUGAGAAACGCGA